GGUAACAGAUUGAUCAAUUUAGUACAGUGCCAGCCGAAUUGACUAUGAGGCGGUGAAAUCAAGACUGUCUAGCUGGCAAGAAAUAUCCGCUCUUUGAACAACAGUAUCUUUUAUUAAUCUUAUCCAGUAAUAACAAUGACGACGACCACCACAUUUAAAGGGUUGGAGCCAGGAUCCAAGAGCAGUUCCAGGGUGCUGCGUCCUCCGGGCGGGGCCUCCAACAUCUCGUUUGGUACAGAGGAGGACAAGCCCGCCAAGAAGGACAAGAUGGCCUCCAGCAUCUUCGCCGAACCCGAGGACCCGCACGCCCAUCGACGGAACAACCCACCUGGUGGGAAGCCAACUGGGGUGCUGUGUGGGGAGUCGUCGGCUCCACUGCGGAGAGGCCAGAACCAACAGCAGUCCAGCCAGAACCACGAGCAGCACAACCACAACAGCACAACCGAGGACAACGCUGCUGAGGAUGUUGUUGACCACGACGUGAUGAAUGCAGAGCCCUUGGAGGAGCCGGUGGUGACCCAGGAGGACGGGAGGGAGGAGUCUGCGUCCUCUGGAGGCUCCUCCACCGGCCAGGCGGCCGGCGUACCCUCCGGACGCAGGAACCCCCCAGGGGGCAAAUCAAGCCUCAUCCUGGGCUAAGUCACAUUGCCUGUUCCCCCUCCCGAUCCCCAUCCCCAGCCCCCUUGCCCCAUUCCCUCUUCCCCUCCCUUUCUCCAGAAAUGCCUCCAUUUUCUCAUAAUUUAUUAUGUCUUUUAUAUAAAACAUUGAAAGUAAGAAAGCUGUUGCCGUGUGUUGUCACGUCACACACGCUCACACUACACCCCCCCCCCUCCCCCCAAAUGCGCGCGCACACAUGCAUAUACACACAUUCACUCACUCGACACAGUAUGACACGUAUUCCACCCUUGCCUUUUCAGCCAUCGUUUGUAUAUGCCUUUUUUUAAUUAAUUUUAUACUAUCUUUUUUGUUUUUUUUUCACCAAAGCACUUUAUGUACUGUAUUCUCGUUUGGUAAUGUGCCAAACCUGCUGGUAAAGGCAUCCCGGUUCAGUUUCCCUUCAUACCCCCCUCUCUCUCUCCUCCCUCCUCCUCUGCUCUCCCCCCACACUCCCCCCACUCUGGCCAGUGUAAAUGGGAAAACAAAACAAAACAAAAAAAUACAAUUAUGCGUGCUGUAUUUCUAAAAACAAUAAAAGUAUUGAUAUGAGAA